GCUCGCUCUAGGGUUUUCCUUCGUCUCCCUCCCACCGCUGCUCAUAUAACUCCCGGCGCCGCCACUUCCAUCCGCUUCUCCGUCUCGCUCGCUCCGUCGCCCGCCCCGCGCCAAGGGAGUUGAGUUGAGUCACCGGUUGCAGCCAUGAGUAAGUUGCAAUCCGAGGUUCUCAAGGAUGCCAUCUCCCAGAUUGUUGGGGAUGCCAAGGAGAAGAAUAGGAAGUUCACUGAGACCGUUGAGCUUCAGAUUGGGCUGAAGAACUACGACCCGCAGAAGGACAAGCGUUUCAGCGGCUCUGUUAAGCUGCCUCACAUCCCCCGCCCAAAGAUGAAGGUGUGCAUGCUUGGUGAUGCCCAGCACGUUGAGGAGGCUGAGAAGAUAGGACUUGACUACAUGGAUGUCGAGGCGCUCAAGAAAAUGAACAAGAACAAGAAGCUUGUCAAGAAGCUUGCCAAGAAGUACCAUGCUUUCUUAGCAUCAGAGGCCAUCAUCAAGCAGAUUCCCCGUCUCCUUGGUCCUGGUCUCAACAAGGCAGGCAAGUUCCCUACACUGGUUACCCACCAGGAGUCUCUUGAAUCCAAAGUGAACGAGACAAAAGCUACAGUCAAGUUCCAGCUGAAGAAAGUUCUUUGCAUGGGUGUUGCUGUGGGUAACCUCUCCAUGGAGGAGAAGCAGAUCCAGCAGAACAUCCAGAUGAGUGUCAACUUUCUUGUGUCCCUUCUGAAGAAGAACUGGCAGAAUGUGAGGUGCCUGUACAUCAAGAGCACCAUGGGGAAGCCAUACAGGGUGUUCUAAGUCUUGCUGCGAUCCUUGUGAAGUUGAUAAAAUACUAGGCCUCUCCAGCUGGGCUUGUCUUAAAACUUAGAUAUGUACCCAUCAGUUUUGUGCCUGUCAAUGAGAAUGUCGAAGUAUUUGGUUCUUAAUCUAGUGUUUCCUUUAAUAGAACCUGUGGAGGAAUGCUUUUGGGAUUUUAUGCAGUUGCAGCUUGUGUAAUGGUUCUUUUGCUGCUCCUUGUCUCUUAUUUGCAGCUCGGCAGUUUCGAAUGAGAUCGUGACCGGUGAGAAUGAGAUCGUUGGUUAUGAACUGCAUUCGUAUGCAUGGUUUUAUCUGAAAACAGGACAUUAGUUAUGAAA